AGGCAUGCAAUCAACGGCCUUGAGUACUCACCUCAGAUGACUUUAUUAGUCGCAGGAGAGGAGUCUUGUCUACGACCUAGUUAACCAAAUUUGAGAGUAAACACAGUCCCCGCAAACAAUACUUUCAAACUAUCAGCCGCUACCGCAACCAUUGGGACCGCUAUACAAACAAGAGGAAUCCAAUUGAUACACUCACCUCGUCAUGGCCGUCAUACUCAUCGUAGGAGCUACUCGUGGCUUGGGAGCCAGCCUCACCAAGAAAUACGCCGAAAAGAGCGAAAACAUCGUCUAUGGUACAACCAGAUCAUCCGAGGGACCGAAAGAUUCACCCUCAGGAGUCAAAUGGCUUUCCGAUAUCGACCUCAUGCAAUCUAACGCUGGUCAGAAGCUGGCCAGUCUGCUAGACCCAGCUCAGCCAAUCGACUCGGUGAUCAUAACGGCCGGUUACUUCGCUACAGAAGACCUUAGCUUAGACAAAGGUCCGAAGUGGGAGGAAGAGCAGCGGAUGUAUACGACCAGCUCCAUUGCCCCCGUCUUUAUCGUUCACCAGCUCAUCCACAAAGGUCUCUUGCGCAAGGGUUCCAAAGUGGUGCUUGUAUCUUCUGAAUCUGGCAGCAUCACUCUACGACAUCCAAAGGAAGGGGGUGGGAACUACGCUCAUCACGCAAGUAAGGCGGCUCUCAACAUGGUUGGUAAGCUGCUUAGCUUGGAUCUUAAGGACCAGGGCAUCAUUGUCAGCAUCGUGCACCCAGGCUUUAUGCGAACUGAAAUGACAAAAGGCGUAGGGUUCGACAAGUUCUGGGAUGAUGGUGGAGGUGAGAUCUCGCGAGCACUUACUAUAUAACAUAUAUGCUGUUGUGGAAGCUAACAGGAGUUUAAUCAACUAGCUGUGACACCAGACAAGGCGGCGGCGAGUCUCAUCAACUGGAUUGACAGUCUUGAUAUCAGCAAAACAGGAGAAUACUGGGCACCGCGAGGACCUCGGGAUAUUGGGACUGCUGAGGUUGUUCUGGGCGAAGAUUUAGCUACACCACUGCAUCUACCCUGGUAAAGCAAAAAGUAACUGCUCGAGUAUAGAGAGUAUCAACAUUGUUUUACCGCCAACGGCUGGACUGAAGCUGUUGUUUGACGAAUGAGUGGAUAUUACGGAACGGAAAUUACUGUAAUUUUACCUAUCGAUAAUGUGCUUCGAAGCAACGUACCCCGUACAAUUCUUCCUUCUAUGUAGACGAAGCAAGCCUAGGUACCUUAGGCAAGCUAUCGUCUUUGCGCAUAGCGGAUGACGAAAUUGAAGAUUGUGGGGUUGGGGGAAUCAGGGUCCUUACGUACCUAGCAAUGGACUAGCACAGUCACGAUACUACUACAUCAGGUCUGGCUGCAAUAAUUAACCUAGCUUGGCAGAUCAUUAGUUAGGAACUUAUGAUCAUCAUACAGAAUUACAUUUGAAAUGGUGUCCAGUG